UGGCGCCUGUAGCAAAGCAUUGAUAAAGAGGUUAGCGGUGAGACACAUAGACAGCUUACUUAACAGGGGAUUUCUGGGAUACUUAUUUGCUUAUUGAGCUGCGAAAUAAAUUUCGGGUCAAGUUCACUUAUAGCAAACAGGAGCAUCUGACGAAAUUCAUUGCCUAAAAGAAACAGCUGUUUGAAAACGUUUGAUUGUCCCUCAAAUUAAUGCCACUGAUUGUGUCGUCGUGUUGCGCAGAUUUCCAGAGCGAUUCGUCCAAGGCGAGAACAGAGUGAAUAUUACCGCAGCUGCAUACAUCAGGCGUGUUCAUUCAUUUCAUUUGACUGCAAUUAAGGCAUAACUUUGUGAAGUGGUGAAACGCUCUUUUAAAUGUUUAUUCACGUGACGUUUUAUGGUACAGUAAAGGACAACAAAACGUACUAUCUUCUUUGAAGAUUUGAUCAUUUGCACUUUUUUAAUAUUGAGCGAAUAAGGGACUUUGCAGUGAAAUCUGUGCUAAAAUGUAAGUCAGAUUUCACUUUAUAUUGGUUGAAACAUCUUUAUUUCCAUUUAAACUGACUUCAUAUCUCCGAAAUGCCGACCCCACAAACAAUACCAGACUUUAAUAAUAUUGACGAGAUGUUUGCAGUGUUAGAAUCUGAUCCAGACAAAAUUUUAAAGGCAUUUAUCAAUGGUUCAAAUGGAACAGAUAUAGAUAUUGAGGAGAAAAUCAUCGGACGCAGUCUUGCUCUGGUUAUAGCAUAUGGCAUACUUGCAGCAGUGGCACUGUUUGGCAAUAUACUUGUCUGUCAUGUAAUAUUCAGUCGAAAGCGCAUGCGCACUGUAACUAAUAUCUUCAUUGCAAAUUUAGCAGUAUCAGAUAUACUUCUCAUAACCCUUAAUGUCCCUUUUAAUAUUGCCAAAGAUUUGACGAAAGAGUGGUUGUUCGGUGAUGCUAUGUGCCGCAUAAUGAAUAUGUCGCUAAUAACGUCCGUCUAUGCUUCCACAUUGACACUAACAGUUAUUGCAUUAGACAGGCAUCGUGUAUUGCUGUAUCCGUUACGUCCACGGAUCAUGAAGUCUGGGGGUAUGGUUGUGGUUGCGCUAAUAUGGAUUAUUUCAGUCAUAUUUUCACUUCCGUUCGGAAUCUACAGUAAACCAAGGGAAAUCGACGUGCUCAUAACCAAAUUCGUAAGAUGUACUUCUAAUUAUCCUAGUCCAAAAUUUGAACAGUGUCUGACGGUUGUUACCAUAAUACUACAAUAUUUUAUACCCCUUGCAGUGAUUGCUGUGACAUACGGACGAAUCGUUCGCCGAAUAUGGGAAAGGACGGAUCUUGGUGCGGUAACAGCAUAUCAGCAUGCCUGCAGAUCGAAACACAAGAAGAAGAGCAUUAAAAUGUUAAUGAUCGUAGUUAUUGUAUUUGCAAUAUGCUGGAUGCCAUUGAACUUGUAUCAUUUCCUUACUGACAUUCAUCCAGAUACAAAAAUAUUUCAUUAUAAUGCCAACGCAUUCUUCGUUUGUCACUGGAUUGCUCUUAGUAGUACGUGUUAUAAUCCUUUCAUCUACUGCUGGCUCAACGAAGCAUUUCGAGCUGAGAUUCGUGCCGUUUUCAGAUGUUGCUGCCCGGUAGAUAUUAAUAUAUAUCCACGUGACAACAAAAUGGACUCUGUCAGCCAAUCAGAUUCAAUGUCACUUCAAAUCAAACCAAAAUCUUUAUUUACAUCGAAACGGAAUAAUACAAUGACUGAGCAUCUCCAUUCGUCAUCUCUGCAUACCCAGAACCAAAGUGCAUGUGACUGCCGGAGCAAUUAUGUUAAGUCACCAACAUGGCGUGAUAGUAAUCCGGCAACAGAGAGCGUGGACCUGCUGGAGCAUGAACGACAUCGGACAACCUGUAAACACUAUCAACAUUAGAUCUAAUAAAUCAUCAGCCUUUGCAGACAGGAAGUUAUAUGUAAAAGUUGUGUAUAUAUUAUAUGCGUAUACUUAUAUUUAUGAAGUGCUUUGUAUUCAACAUAUGUAAAUUAAAUAAUGCAUGGAAUGGGUUUAAAAUGAAAAAAGUAAAGUUAAUGUGAAUGUGCGUUAUGUUUGCCGCCAUAUUUAACAAGGCAAGGUUAUUUUACAAAUUAAUGCUAUACAAUAUUUUGUACCCCUCGCAAUGAAUACUGUGACAUACGGACGAAUCGGUCGCCGAAUAUGGGAAAGGACGGAUCUUGGUGCGGGUUUAAGAUGAGAAAAAAAGUUAAAUGCAUUUAUUUUAACAGAAAAGAUAUUUAAUGUUUUGAAGUGUUAUUAAAUAUGUAUGAUAGCCAGAUGUCCUCGGUAGCAAAUAUAAUUAGGCUGACUUUUGUUGUGCUUCUUAAUAAAUGUAAAUAAAGAUAACUGAAGGUUGCUGCAAGAGAUGAUUUCAUCUGAUUGUAACAAAUACUUAAAUAUUCGAACUUGCGUUCUAGACAGUCGUUUGCAUAUAAGUGUGAGUGAAAGCAUUAUUGUAAUGUGUACUAGGUACAUGGUGCGCCCUUUUAUUCAUUACAUUUGAUAUAAUACAACAUGUCUUUUAAACCGAUCUCUAAUUAACACAAACGCGGAUCACGUAUAUAUGCUAUGCUGGGCAUAAAAUAGGAUUUAAAUGUAAUAUUGUGUUGCUUGUCGUGACUUGCCAUGCCUUGACAUAAUUUGUUUACAAAUUGUGCACCUAGCUAUGACUAGUAUCUAAUUCACAGUUUGUGCAGAAUAUUAAAGAUGCGUUUACGACGGUGAUUUUGUUCAUGUCAUAUCAGGAUCAAAGUAAUUGUCAAAUAUUGCUUUUGAAAAAAGGUAUUCAACGUGUAUAUAGUUUAAGGUAUUGCUGAUAUACAUUGUAUUUGUAUUGUUGAUUGAUUUAGGGUUGAAUAUCACAUCGACACAAUUCAUGUGAUAUUUAUAUCACCUAAAUUGUGGCGAUGUGAAGAAUUUCAAGCUUUUAGUGGAAACGGAAGACCUCGGGUGCUCCUCAGGGAUUGGCACUCGGAUAAGACUACCAUCAUUCGGAAUGUCUGCUGAACGGUUUCAGUCAUACGCCGUUUUCGAGGUUUCGAAUCUACAUUUGUGAGGGGCAAAUAGCCUUUACGACUCGGCCACAGAGGUCGAUGCUGUUUUUCUUUUUGUCUUUUUAUUGCUGAUACGUGUAUAUAUUUGAUAUUGUCCACAUAUUGAUGUAAGGUUGUUUAAAGUGUGAACAUGCAAAAUAAAUCUUUAUAAUUAUGAUAAAACCUUCGUUUUGCCAGUUGUUAAAAAACAAUACAGUAUUGUAAAUUUUAAUUACUUAUAUUCAACAUUUCCGGGUGAAUGCUGAUAUUUUACAUUUGACUGAAAUAAAAAUAAUUUGUUAUGGUCAUAGUUAUUAGUCGAUCUGUCAUACAAUUUUGCGAUGGCUGAAAUUUUCAAUUAAAAUCUUAAGUUUAUGUUGAGUACAAAUAACUCUUUCUGUUUCUAAUGAGUACCUUAACAAAGUGGGUUAAAUCAAUCAUUCUAAUAUGAUUAGCAAUGCAUCAAUCAUAACAACGAUAUUAUCUUGACGUCACGCCGACGUGGUAUUUAGCGCCAUGUACGCAUCUAGAAAUAGCGCUUUCAAAUUUGAUCAAAUAUUUUACUUAAGGAUGUACGAGUGUUGUUUUUUUUCAGAAUAUCCGCCAUUUUGAAAAAUGUUUCUUCGAAUAUUGCUUUCUAACAAAAGUUUUGCCAAUUAACCAAAUAGAUUCUGCUUUUUGCGAAAUAAUUUUUUCACCCUUAUUUUUGACUGGCAUUUGCCUAAAAUUGACGAAAGAUUUACAAUGGGGUAGGGGUAGUUAAUUUCAAAUAUCUAUUAAAGUAGAUCAGGUUUGGUUUUGAUAUUUUUCUGACUGAUACUUAUAAUGAUAAGCUAUAAUUGAAAUAAGAGUUUUCAAGAUAGCACUUUAUAUUAUCUAGAAAAUAUGAAUUAAAACAAAAAGAACAAAAAAAUCAAAAUUCACCAGUUUUUAACAAUUUUGUUUCUUAAUAAAUCUCUUAGAUGCACGGUGACCCUAACCUUUUUUCUUUCCAUUUAGAAGCAUUUUGUUAUGUCAUUCAAGCUGAAAACUAUUUUGAAAAUUUUAUCAUCAGAAUUCUUUGUAGAUCUAAAUACGUUUUUUCCAUUGAAAAUAAAGUAGGUCGGGUAAUUAUAGCAACAUGUAAAAAUGAAAGAGAUUUGUUAGUGAAAUUUAUGCUUAUACAAUACUGACAUCACCUUGUAUUCAUAUUCACAUGUGAGAUCUGAAAUCCCUAUAACAUUAAGUGGGAUAUUAUAUGUUUUAUAAAGUACCACCAUUUUUCAAAUUUUACAAAAUUUCAGAAAUGCUUUAACAUUGGGUGAAGGAAAUGCCCUAUAAAAUAAAAACGAGUUCGGUUACCUGUGUUUUUUCUUCUCUUGUUUGUCUUGAAAACUAAUGUUCUUCAAGCUCAAAGAGUAUAAAAAAUUAUUGACGUUAGAAAAAAUUCGUUCCUACAUCCUUAAUAGCAUGUUUAAAAUAAAAUCUCACAUUGCACAACUGUUUUGAUAAAUGUACACACAUACUGAGCUUGUUAUUCGCUUUGCAGAACGAUUCGCCCAAAUUGAACUCUUCCGCAAGACGUAUUACCAAUUUAUAAACAAAGGAACGUGGCGACUUACCUUUUGGCGCCAUGUAUGCGAAAAGAAACAGUUCUUUCAUAUUUUAUCUAGAUGGUACAAUUAGAUACAUAUUAGAAUCGAAAUUAUUUGUAGCAAAACCGUAUUUGAACACUACUUAUACACACGGGAGGUUAUACGUCGUUCGAAAUAAUUUCAAACUAAUUUUCGAUUUUCAGAAGAUAGGUAACGACUUUAGGAACAACAUAUGACGGUAAUAUAUAAUACUGUGUAAAUAAACUGUCAAUAUACCUAAAAAUAGCAGAGUACCCUUUUUGUUACGUACACAUCGCCCCUUUUUUUCAGAAUAUUUGUGAACAAACAUCAACCAACUUGUUUCGUAUAAUUACAUUUUUAUACGCUCAUGACUGAGAACUUAAUAUGACCGUGUCGAUUAGUUUGUUCAUAUCAGAAAACAGUGAUACGAGAAAUUAAAAACCAGGCAUGAUCAUUAUUUCCAAAUAAGGAAACCAUUGCUGCAAAAACAACCAAUUAUGUCUGUCGACAACAAUUUCAUAAACAUGGAGCCGCUAAAUUACUUUUAAAUUACGAUCACAGACAGAUAAAAUAUUUUAGAUGUGGUUAUAUAAAGACAACGGAGGUUUUUGUGGACCUAAUAAAAUCUUUGGAAACACAGAACGCAACCAAGUACCAUAUUCGCAGACUCGGUUUGAUUGAAUCUGUUCAUAUGUAAAACAGACCAAUUGCGCAUCUUUAUUGGACAGUAGAAAAAGUUUAUAAUGAACAACAUCGGGUUUCUAAUGUCUCAAAAGCAGUUAGUGUUAGUGAUCAGAUAUUAAAAUCUUAUAAGAAGUGUGAGGAAGCCUUUGUGAAAACAUAUUGAAAUCCACAAAUCUGUAUUUUAUUCAUAACUGAAUUUAACAUUUCAACAUGUAGCAUGCUGUUUUUAUAAAGGCAUGGUGAGUCUACAUAAGCACAUGAUCAAAACCAGUUUUGUUCCGUUGCAGACUAACACAAUACAUUACAUAUUUACACGCAAAGCUGUAUCUUAAUGAAAGUAAUGUAAAACUAGCGAGACUUGAAACACAAUCGACAAAAAGCUGGAAAAGUAACUGUAAACAAGAACAAGUAUUUAGAAUAUGCUGAAUUAAAAAAAAACUUAUUGAUAUUUGUUUUUCAUUUGUCUAUAAUACCACUAUUUAGUUAUUUGUUUUGUUUUAUAUAUUUUUUUCCUGUUUUAAACAAAAACUAAUUUGUUGCUCUUUAAGUACUUAAAUGUUGAAAGGGUCCGUUUUUAUAGCAUUUGGCCAAACUAUACGUAAUAAAUUUUAAGAAUUAUAUAUAUAUGUAUAAUAUGUAUUAUAUGUAUAAAACAAACGAGGAAGUCUGUUAUAUUAUAUAAAUUUUGAUUUUUCUAUAAGGUUAGGGAUUUUUUUCUCUGGAGGACAUAUCACAUAUGUUAGUACAGAUUGCCAGUGACAAAUUUCAAAGCUACUUUCCAUUGUUUUUAUUGCCAAUUGUUAGUGCUUCACAUUUAGCCAUAUCAUUAUUGUCACGUUAUAUGUUAUAUAUAUUUAUUUAUUGUUCGUUUGAUGCUUUUGUAUAUAAACAAACUCGAUAUCACAAGACAUGCCCAAAUAUUUUUAUUGGCCUGUUCUUGCUUUAAUAUCAAUGAACGUGCACAAGAUAAUAUGUUAUUAGAGACAGAAGACUAUUUGAUAAAGGAAUGGCAUCCUGAUAUUUAUGGUUUGGUUUGCUUUGUUCUCAAUAAUGAUACAAAUUAUUAAAAGAUUUUUAAUAAAUUAUAUAUUAUUCUUUAAAAACAUGAGCAAUACAGCCGAACAACGAGUUUAAAAAAAGAUCUGUAUUUGAUUAUAACCAUAAAUCUUUUGUGAUCUAGAUAUAUACUGACCAAUUGUCUCUGUGAUUGUAUUGAUG